AGUUGUUUUUCUGCGUAAUGCAUAUUGUGAUGCGGAGUUAAAAGGCUAGUUCCCAGGAAGCGGAAAACCGGCAACCGGAAUCCGGCACCGGGUAGCAACUGGACCAAGAAAGGCACCCACGAUGAGCGAUGCGACCUAUCCGGGAUAUUACGGCGGCAACCAGCUGCUCCCGCUGUCGCAUCCGCAUCCGCACCAGGACCUGUCGCUUUCCACACCGGUUCACUCCUUGGAGCAGGACUCCAGCUUCGGGGGAUUCUUUGACGACGAGCUGGUCAUCGGAUCGGGAUCCGGAUCUACCUCCUCGUCUGCUGCAAAUGCCACCGCUUCUGGAACUACUUUGUGGCUGGCCGAUGGCGGGAAUCGAUCACCUCCUGAGCUGGCGGUGGAGUCCCAGCCCAAUCAGGGCAUUCCCUUUGUCCAGAUCCACACCACCGACUUGCAGCAACCGGAGAAGAGCUACCGCAAUGCUUUCCGCAGGCGCACAGCGGAAAUCAAGUCGGAGGAACUGAUUAAGUCGGAACUUGCGGAAGCGGCAGCAAAGGAUCGCCUGAAUGCCACGCCAACGCCACCAACUCGAAAUUCCAGCUGCGCCAGCGUGGAGGGCAAGGCAAUGAUUCAGGAGGGCCCGCCUCUUAUCCUGCGCUGUCCCAAUUGUCCGUUCUUAAGCCUCUGCCAGAUGCGUCUUCAACAACACCUUAGCCAGGGAAACUGCUAUAUGGAGCAGCACAGGAAACAGUGUCCAGGCUGCUCAAACAUUUUCUACACCAGCGAUGCGCUCAGCUUGCACCUUAGCUUGGACCAUCAAAUGGAGGACAGUGAGACACUCACACUUGUGGGCGGAAAAGUCACUGAAGCACAGACCAAAAAGCAGACUCAGAUGUCGCAGAGCCAAAAUCGACCCAAAAGUCGCAUCUUUAUAAAAAGCGUGGACUGCCUAAGGGAGCCACUCCCGAACUUCCCGCCCUUAUUGCCGGAUAGCGGGUCCGCCGCUAACAUUCUUGAUCUGCUGGAAGGUGUGGCUGUAGGAGCAUCGCCGAGCGAACAGACUAUGCCACCAGCACCUGCUGCGAAUUUACCCGCUCCGCCGCCAAAGGCCAGCCAGAAGAUCUCCAUCAAGAGCGUGGACGUGCUCAGGGAGACAGCUUUGCUGCCGUUCGACUCCCAGAUGCAGAAUCAUUCGCUCAUUACGGACAAUAGUCUCCUUGAAGUUCCUGAUGUGGGCGGGGAGCCGGAGAAGCCGCGUCAGCCGAAGAUUUAUAUCCGCAAUGUAGACAUCCUCAAGGAACCUAUGGUUUUGCCAUCUGCUCUGCCCGGUUUGGGAUUCAAUAGCAACAUGCCGUCGGCAGCAGAACCCGGAGAAAGUGUACUGGUUGUAGGAGGAGCAGAUGGUGAUGUCUUCCAGUCGGAGACACUACUCACGCCCAUGUGCCAGCUUCCAGGAUUCGAGCCCAGCCUCGCCCCGCUCGCACAGAUGUGUUCCGAGGCAUUUCCCUUUGAUUCUGUGCUGAACGGCAAUGGAGCACCUGCCUCCCAUGUGGAAAACACACGUUUUAGUGCUUUGGACCUAGAUUUUGGUGUGGAUUUUGUUCCGGAAGAGGCAACUCCGCCACCUCCUCUGAAUGAUCCACUGACAAUAAUGGAACCACAACCUGUCCAGCUGGAGCACUACAUGCCACCUACGACUCCCAUUACGACCAAGCAAAAGAUCUUCAUCAAAAAUGUGGACAUUUUGAAGGCACCGCAGAGGGGCACCUUGCACCUGCGCACUGUGGACGAACUAAACCUGAUGAAUCGCACCGAGGUUGAGCACUUAAUAGUGCCCAAUCUGGAACCGAUGGCAAUGACCAUGAUGGAGCUUCCGCCCGUGCAGCAGCAGGCUAUGGAAGUAACUUCACAGCUUAAGGGACCAACGGAAACGCUUGGCGAAUUCCAGCCCUCUAUUAGUGAAAGUUGGCCCAGCGAGGAUGGCUAUGACCUACCUGAGGAUCUGGAGUGCUGGCCAUGGAUGGAAGAUGCUGUACCAGAAGCUGGACUCGGUUUGCCUACACCCAGUGAAUUGUACGCCGCACCACCGGAGGACACACAAAACGCAGAAGAAGGAUCUGCAGUGGGAGGACGAGGGACAGUUCCCCCGCUAGUACCGGUAACAUCCUCGGAAGGGACAUCCUCUGUUGCUCAAAGUUCAGCCUUAGGUAGUUUGCCAGUUCCGCCGCUGGUUCCCUUGGCAGCCGAGAUGAGUGCUGCUAUCGAAAAGCCAGCCCGCAUCUAUGUGGCCAAUAAUCUUCUUCCCGCCGCCGUGGACCCACCGCUUCUUGGAGGCGGCACCUCGGUCAGAGGCCGUCCCUAUGGAGCCAAGCACUCUGGUGGAGCAGCUUCCAAAAGAAAACUCUCUCUGGGGCCAAAUCAAGUGCCAGAGGGAGGCAAGUGCCUUGUGGAGGGUUGUAUGUUCCGUUUCAAAUCACCCGUAACUUUGGAGUAUCACGGCAGAUGCCACAAUGGACUCCUCAGCUCAAACCAACCCGUGGUGUGCCCGGAAUGCAAGUCCAGCAACUUUAGCAAUUGGAACUGUCUGCAUACGCACCUCUGGCGGACCCACCAGAUCGACAUGGAGCUGUACUCCUGCCAGCUGUGCAGCUUUAAGACGCCCAUCUAUUCGCGUCUCGUGAACACCCACGCUAAGAUCCACUCGGAGGAGCGAAACUACAAGUGCGAGCAGUGCGGUAAGGGAUUUAAGAACACCAAGCAACUGAAGAACCACCGUCGCUUGCAUCGCACUCAAGGAUUAGGCAUGGGAAAGCAGUCGAACGAGCAGAUUUCCGAGGGACCAGAAGGCAAUCCCGUUGUAAUGCAUCGCUGCGAAGAUUGCGGCGCCGCCUUCAAGCAAAAGAAAACCCUCAGGGAGCACCUAUGCAAAGAGCGAAACGAACAGCUAGAGUGCCCCGAGUGCCAGCGCCGUUUUGGUUCCAAGAGCAGCCUGAGACUUCAUCUCCGAAGCCAUCAGGAGCAUAAACGUUUCCGCUGCGACACCUGUGAUCACGAGACCAGCGAUCACAACGCCUUUCGGCGCCACCUAGCCACGCACAAGGAGAGGAAACGCUACUCCUGCCCGCACUGCGACUUCCGAGCCAUCCAGAGCACCGCUUUUCGGAUACACCUUCAGACCCGCCAUCCUGAACAGGAGCUGUCCACAAUCAUUUACAAGUGCAACCAGUGCAACUUUACCAGCAUCAAUCAAGGUCUGCUGCAGGUUCACCAGGCCAAGCAUGACGCCGGAAGUCACAAUCAAUCUUCAGCUUCAUCCCAGGGCCAUGUUCCGUUGGCGAAACAAUCACAGAUCAAGGUGGAGAGUAAUUUGGUGCUCGCUCAUUCCAGUACAAAAGUGGGUAUGGAGGUGAUCAAGGCUCAAGAUAAUAUCCUGCAGGCUUCCUAGGGACGAUUUCAUCCCUUCUGUACAUAUUUUAGAAGAUAGGUUGCGCGAGAACAAAGUGCCGCUUAGUUUUUAUCGAGUUUUAUACCAAAACUGUACCAAUGUUAUUAGUUUUAAGUACGCAGGAAGCCACAGCAAAGGGGAAAACCCCAAUUCGGAUGCUUGUUUCUUUGGAAGGAUGAUACUGUCGAUGGAUUGGAUCUUUUCAACUGAAGACACACUCACAUAUUGAUUUUGUACAUCCCUUGAAGUGCAAUCCAGGACUUCGGAAUUCUCCGAAGAUAAUUCUUUUGACUUUUACUUUUUUCUUUUCCUGUAUAUGUUUGUCCUAGAAUUUUAAGCAUAUGUUGCUGUACAUAAGUAUGUAUAUAAUAGUUAAUUGGGAAAGGCUUUAUUAAUUAAUUGAACACCAGUUUCAUUCCCUUCGUGUAUAUAGCAUGCUCAGAACAGAAAUACAUUUACAAAUCUCAAA